UGCAAACAGGACUGUGAAACGCGAGGAGUCGUUCGGGCGAAGAAGGAAAGCCAAUCAAUUUGUCAUUUUAUGCCGACAUUUGUCCAUAGCAGUUGCAGCAUUAUUCUCGAUGCCAAGAAGCCCUUACCGACGCCGGAGGAGCAGCAGUAGCUCCUCCUCCAACUCAUCAAACAGCAAAUCCCGGAGCCGGAAUAAGCGCAACAGGUCCCGCAGCAAAAGCCCUCGACAUCACAGAGGACAUACUUCUCGAGGUCAAAGAUCCAAGAGUAGAGAGUCCAGUCGCCAACGUAAAAAUUCAGUUAGUCCAGUGCCAGAGAGACCUAUAUCUAGUGAUGACCCCAAGUAUUUGAAUGCAAGGAUCUUUGUUGGACAUCUGCCAUCUGACAGAAUAACUAGAGAAGAAUUAGAGAAACAUUUUCUUCCAUAUGGGAAUAUUCUUGAUGCAUCUGUGCAUCCAAGGGGUUAUGGAUUUGUCCAAUUUGUAAACGAAGCCGAUGCCAGAAAUGCUGUUGAAAAAGAGCAGAGAUCAUUAAUUAAAGGGUCCUUAGUCGACGUGAAGAUGGCAGCAGAGGGCCGGAGAGAACGUGUCAUGGUUCGGGAGCGCAGGCGUUCUCCACCCCCAUUUGCAGAUCAUCCAGCAAGUUAUCCAAGAGAACGUGAACGAGAGCCACUGGUGAGAGGUCCCCCUGUUGCUCGAGAUCGAUCACCAGUUAGAGACCCCUAUGAUGACCGAUAUAGAGACCCGUACAGAGAACCCAGAGACCCAGCAAGGCCACCACCACCACCAAGAGAGGCUCGAGACCCUUAUUAUGAUGACCCCUAUAGACGACCGCCUCCACCAGACCCCUACUAUGACAGAUAUAGAGAUGACCCUUACAGACGUGACCCAUAUGCUGCCGACCCUUACAGAGAUCCAUACCGAGACCCCUACUAUGACCCUCCACCACAAAGGAAGCCACCGCCAGCACCGGCUGAGUGUGUUGUUGUUAUCAUGACCAACAAACUCCGAACGUAUGGUGAGACCAUUGAACGCCAAGUGAAGAUUUUGAACCUAAUCACGGAUCUGGUCGUGAUCCCAGAGGACAGAACGCUGUCUCAACAGAUCGAGGAUAUCUCUCAUCGUGGAGGCUUGUUUGCCAUUGUCAUCAACAGUCAGAACGAGCUGCAUCGCUCUCUCACCCUCAACAUUCUGCAUGGAAGUCCACAAGAACACAGGAAUAUGCCCGUUGAAGAUGCUAUGAGCCUUGUUGGCCGCAGUUUUGAGAAAUAUGUGCAGACGCUGAAGGAGAAAGCUGCUGGUGCGGCGGCCCCUGCUGCUGCUGCUGCUGCUGUUGUUGCCGCUCCUGUAGCAACACCUGCCGCUGGGGCACGGCCACCCCCAUUCUUACCCCCUUCCAAAGAGGUGUCUUAUUUGCUUAACCUUCUGGCUGACAAUCGCCAGCUUACCUUGGAGGAGUUGGAUAAGAUUAUCAUGUACUUAAGAGAUAGGAGGGACAAGAUGAUUGAGUCGGAGAGAAGACCAGUGGCAGGAGGAGAUGUUGGGUACCGUGAACCUGCACCAAGCGCACAACUUCUUCAAGAAGAUGGUCUGCUUCAGCAACAACAGCAACAAGAACUUCAGACCAAGAUCCUCAGCAUUCUCAAUGGUAGUGGACAGCCGACUGCAGGAGGGUCAGUUGGAAUUCCCCAAACCCACAUGUCCAGCCAUGGUCAACCUCCUCCUGUAGCCCCAGCCUCAGGCUCUGGCAGUGUUAACACAGCACUUAUCAACUUUGACAACCCAAGUGUUCAGAAGGCUCUUGACAACCUGAUCCAGAGUGGCCCCAAUCUGUUGAGGAACAUCAGUGCUGCCUCCAGUACCCAAAGCGCCCAGACAGCUUCAGGCCCUCAUAUGGCCAGGGACCUGUCUGGCCGACCUGGUCUCCUGAACACCCCUGGCAUCCCUCGCCCGAGUUACACCCAACAGGGCAUGGCCACAGCUCCCCCUGUUAGAGGAAUGCCAGUUGCUCGUCCACGAUACUAAGGUCACACCACAGCUUCUAAGAAUAUUCAUAAGGUGCAGCCUUCACUGUAUAUCAACUCAUGUCAUUGUGUUUUAUGUCAAUUGAAUCAUGGUUAGUGUCUUGUCAUUUUGUCACAUUCAAUCUUUAUUUUGUCUUUUAAUGAAUCUGUUACGUUUCACAUUCAGUAUUUUAGCAGGAAUGUGAUAAUAUGACAUGAAUAGUCUGAAAGAGUACAUGCUGUAUCUGUUACACUUCAAUAAAAUAAUAAGCUUUA